AUGGUUCGUACUAAUUAUUUUCAUGUUACAGUCCCAAAAAACAGACGACCCAGGUUCGAGCUCGUCUUGAGGAUUAUUGAUAUCAACAAUGUUCCUCUGGGAAACAGCGUCGCAUUUGUGAGAUGGCGAUUGCCAUCUUCAAGCGCCACUGAACACCAAGGCCACACGGAGAAAGCGGCUCUUUCUGAUCACCGCGCUUACUGGGCAUACGAAAAAUCUCUACAAGUAAGGCUUACUAUUGACAGAACAUCUAUGCUUCAAGAGUGUGAGAUCACUUUCGAGGUCAUCCAAGAGUUUAUCUCGUCGCCUAUUUCUGAAAAGAGCGUCUUGGGAAAAAUCAAACUCAACCUUGCCGAAUACGUGGACAAAGUUGAGGACGAUGAAGGAGUCAUCCGACGAUACCUGAUCAAUGAAUGCAAGGUGAACAGUACUGUGAAGAUCGGCAUAGCUAUGCGCCAGAUAGAAGGAGAUCGCAAUUUCACAACGCCGCAACUUAAAUCAGCCACGGUAUUUGGAGGGAUUGCCGGAGUGGUUCAUUCUACUGAACAGCCGGUCGACCCUGAUGAUAUUGGCCACCUGCCGUCUAUCAACAUCAAAAGCCGAGAGAUUGCAGAUAUGCAAGACAUGUACCGGCGCACGCUAGCAGCAUCGUGGUCCUCUAGAGCCUGUGAUUUACCCGCCGACAAAUUGGUUGAGGAACUAUUUGCAGGAAGCUCUUGCUGGAACAAUGACGCACACAAUGCCGACGCUGGUAUAUCAACGGAGGGUCGCGGAGAGUCGCUGUUGAGCGUAGAAGCAGCCACGCGACAGAGCCGUACUGGAAAGAAGCUGUCACCUAGCUUCGAGCGGCGUCCCAAAAGUUCCUCCAGUAACCACUCGCACAGCAAUGGCAAGACCCCGGAAUCUCUUGCCACCCUUGGGCAUACGAAAAAGGGUGGCAGCAUUGAGCAGCAACUAUAUGAAGGUGCAAGGGGUCGUGGAUGGAAGUCCCCAAAUACGAAUAAUGAGCUCUCCGAAUUUGACGUGAGAGAGGAUUUGCGAAGCUGGGAGGUUUCAGCAAAAGAAUGA